CCUUUUGGGCUAUCGUUUCCGAGAGAGAGAGAGAGUUGACAGGACAGAGGGUGUUCGGUUUUUCCAGAGAGAGAGAGAGAUAUGGGAAUACUGGCGUGCGUAGGAGUGGUGUUGCCCUUCCCAUUCUACUACUGGCUAUGGACGUACCCUCAGACAUGGGUGGACAUGUGCGGGCGAGGCCGAGAUCCGUCCAAGGUAAUGGCUCGAGUCUCUCACCUCUUGAAGCUCGUUCAGUUCAUCUCUCUCUUCUCCGUCUCCUCCCUCUCCUGGCCCCCGCCUCUCUACUUCUGGCCCCUCUUCCUCUUCGGCCAGUUCCUCAAUUUCAGGGUUUAUCAAUUACUUGGUGAAUCGGGCACUUACUAUGGUGUCCGCUUUGGAAAGAACGUCCCAUGGGUAACUGAAUUUCCCUUUGGGGUGAUAAACGACCCGCAGUAUGUUGGAAGUAUUCUGAGUCUUCUUGCAUGCCUAUCGUGGGUCCCCUUCCUCUACAUUCUCCUGUGGGUUCUAGGUUAUGUCUUCAUGAUCCUUAUAGAAUCUAAGGAAGAUGUUGCCACUCGUUGCAAGCCACUCGUUUAAGUUUGGCUACAAACCGACAGUGAGUUGGAGGAACAAGCACGGCAGAGACUCCUCUUGGAAGGUUUCCAGUUUUCACUUUCAUUUGGACUCUGGAUCAUAAUUUGACAUCUUGGUCUCUAACCUUAGUUUUGCUCAUUUUAAUUAAGUAUUUCCAGUUGACCCGAUACCCACAUUUUUUUUUUGCAAGAGGGGAAAAGAUGUGUUGACAUCAAUUUUGUCAAUAAAAUUUCUGCAUGGUGAUUAUCUGGUGUGUUCGUUACUUCGUUCGAAGAAAUUGAUUGUAUGAAGGGAAUAAUAUGAUUCAACUAUUUGAAUUGAUGUUGCAAAAGCAGAUUUGUUGAUGCGAAUAAUAUGAUCUUUUAUGUGUA